CACAGCGGAAUAUUCCCUGGGGCGCAUGAUACGCGAUAGUUAUUCAGCAGCGAAAAAAAGGUUAAUAAACUAAUGUUUGGGGGAAAGAUAGUUUAGACCGGCUGGUAACCCAGAACACAACUUGUGCAACAGGUGGAUGCUAUUGGAGACAGCAGAAGCGGAUAACCUACUGAGCUACAACGUCGGGCCAGACAAAGCCUAAGAAAGAGGUUAGUUUGUCAGUCGGGUAUGAAGUUUUACUUCAGCAUGUAAAUAUUGCACUACCUGGAAAAAAACAACUAAUGAACGAUAAAGGGAUCUUGCAUUUGAACAGCGCUUUGGGAAGACCCAUGGAGCGAUAACUGAGCGUCUCUCCCACCACCACCCCACCCCAAAAUUAACUAGGCUACUGACAUGAUCCACUCAUUUAUAAAUACAGCUCUGACCCUAUCCGCACUAUCUGCACGGUGAUCGGGUCAACGGAGUCAACCAAAGGAAGGAAGGAGACGCGCAAUCUGCAGCAGUCAUGGUGGUGGAGGGUGACAAGACCCUGCUGGCCGCAAGGCAGGGGGACGUGCAGACUUUGAAAGUGCAAUUAGCGGCAAAUGCGCUGACCAGCGACGUCAAGGAUGCGCUGGGAGCUUCGCCCGUCCACCACGCAGCCCGGGCGGGGAAGUUAGCCUGCCUGCGGUUUUUGGUGGAGGAGGCAGGGCUGCCGGGCGAUUCUGUGGCAAAUAACGGGGCAAGCCCGGCGCACGACGCAGCAGCAACCGGCAACCUGACAUGCCUACAGUGGCUACUGACCCAAGGUGGAUGUCGGCCAGAGGCCAGAGACAGUUCUGGUGCCACUGUUCUUCAUCUCGCAUCCCGUUUCAGUCACCAUGAGAUCACUGAUUGGCUGCUGAAGAAUGGUGAGGUGGACCCUGGGACCCCCACCGAUACAGGUGCCCUGCCUGUUCACUAUGCUGCUGCCAAGGGAGACUUGCCCUCUCUCCGACUGUUACUGGGGCACAGCCCAAACCUUGUCAACUCCCAAACUAAAAAUGGUGCCACACCACUCUACCUGGCCUGCCAGGAAGGCCAUCUGGAGGUUGUCCAAUAUCUGGUCAAAGACUGCGGAGCGGAUCCAAACAUUCGAGCCAAUGAUGGGAUGACACCUCUGCAUGCUGCUGCCCAGAUGGGCCACAACACUGUCAUUGUCUGGCUGAUGAGUUUCACGGAGAUCAGCCUGACAGACAGAGAUGGGGACGGAGCCACGGCGAUGCAUUUUGCAGCCAGUCGUGGUCACGCAAAGGUCCUCAGCUGGCUUCUGCUGCACGGUGGGGAGAUCGUCACUGACAACUGGGGAGGGACCCCCCUCCAUGAUGCUGCAGAGAAUGGUGAACUUGAGUGCUGUCAGAUCCUUGUUGUUAAUGGAGUUGACCUGGGCAUAAGGGACCAGGAUGGCUUCACUGCAGCAGACCUGGCCGAAUACAAUGGCCACUCUCAGUGUGCCAAGUAUCUGCACACUGUGGAGAACAUGAGUGUGGAGCACCGCGUUUUGUCCCGGGAUCCCUCGAUGGACCUUGAGUACAAGCAGCCAGACUCUGGCCUGUCCUCCCCAAACACCACCAUGCCUCCUUCCACCCAGGCAGCACACUUUGACAUUGGUUCACCAUCCAGCUCCCUGUCCAACUACGACUCAGCCAACUCCAGUCAGUCCAGUACUGGGGAGAAGAGGAGCAGCUUGACAACGUCACGCGGCCCACCUGCUCAGCUGAGCGCAGUUGCACACACAGGUGCACCAGAAACAGCCAUUUCAGACAUGCAGGCAUACAUGGAUAUGCUAAACCCAGACAUCAGCUCCGAUACGCACGAGAAGAAUGAGGAGCCUGAUGAUGCAGACUCCAAACUUCCACCGCCGCCGCCACCGCCACCCUUUCCCCCACCGCCUCCCCCAGAGUCUCCUCCGACACCCCCUCCGCCCCCCAGCUACCCAGCUCCACAGCCUCCACAAGAGCCAUUGGGAGCCGAGUUCCUUAAAGUCAAAAGCAACUUGCGGCGUGUGGACAACAAAUCCCAAAAAAAAGAGGCGCCGUUGACUCUUGGAGAGAGCCACGACAAAUUGCGCCGUGUGGAUUCAAACAGGAAGUCAAGGAGUUUCAACAAGCAGCCCAGCACUGGGGACUACUACAAAACCCUGGGGAGCGACACGGCUGAGCCCUGUGGGAGCAAAAUCAUGGCACCCAACGAGGAGGGUUCUGUGUUAUUGGAGGAGCCAACUGAAAAUCCCGCCCAAAGCUCUGAAAAUGGGACUACAGAGGAAUCUGUCCCUCAACCACCACCUCCUCCACCACCACCUCUUCCCCCAAGCAAUCCGAUGCCAACACCCCCGCCACCUCCUCCUCUGCCUCCGGAGACACAAACCCCUCAGAAUAAUGCCAGCGUCACGCCCACCAACCAGCGACGCCCAUCUUCGUCGUCAGGAAGCACAAAAUCUUUCAACAUGAUGUCCCCCACCGGCGACAACUCGGAGCUGCUGGCAGAGAUCAAGGCAGGGAAGAGCCUCAAGCCCACGCCUCACAGUAAAGGCUACACCACUGUGUUUUCCAACAGCGGGCCCACAGGCAACAAUGAAAACACUGCAUCUCCAGAGAGUCGAUCAUCUAGCCCACCAGCCAAACCGCCAUCCCCUCCGCCAUCCAGCGCACCAGUGACCUCACAACCCACCAAUCCGAGCCCCAGUCCCAGUCCCAGCCCCAGCCCCAGCCCCAGUCCCAGUCCCAGCCCCGCUGGCUCCGGAUCUGGCAGGACCGUGUCAACAUCUGGGAGCAACGAGCAGCUGUCCUCCAACUCUGUGAUCAAUGGGAACAGUGGUGGAGGCACAGCACAAGCGGAUUCAGGGCGGAAGACGAGCCUCACAGAUGUUGAGGCUCUAGUGCCUACUCACGAUGAACAAGGGAAAGCCAUCCCUGAAUGGAAAAGGCAGGUGAUGGUGCGCAAGCUUCAGGUCAAGAUGCAAGAGGAAGAAGAGCACAAACGCAAGGCUGAGGAGGAGGCGGCACGCCUGGCGUCAAUGCCAGCCUGGAGGAGAGACAUGAUGAAGAAGAAAAUGGAUGAAGAGAGGGAACAGAAAAGAAAAGAGGAGGAGCAGGCCAAAAAGGCGAAGGAGAUCGAGGAGAAGACGGAGUUGGAGCGAAUACGAAACCUAGGCUAUGAUGAGACCAAACUGGCGCCCUGGCAGCGGCAGCUCAUUUUGAAGAAAGGGGAUAUACCCAAAUAGUGAACAAGAUCGUCUCCCCAUCCUCUGCCCUGCAGCGCUCCCCACCCCAACUUAUACCAAUGCCUCCCCCUCCCUGAUCCUGCAUCCCACACUGUGCACAGGUCCACAGGGGAAGAGCUGGUCUUCCUCUAAACUGUGUGUUACUCUUUGGCCUCCAGGCACACAGGGCCAUGCUGUGGCUGCUGCUGUCCACACAGGCUCUGAGGCUCAGCUUGGGAUGACCCUGCACCUGUUUUAUUGACACAAAAUCUUCUUUUUUUCCUUGUUUUUUUUCUUCAUUUUUUUAACAUUAACAACAGUUCUGAGAUGCACUGAUUCGUGUUACCCGAUAAAUGCAUGUGUCCUGAAUUUAGCAUCUAUCCGCUUUCCUGCAAAUCACUAGACUAGAAGUUAGAACAUUUAAGAGACUUACAAUAGAAAGAGACUACUUUUAAGCCUAUAUGCCAGACUCACUCACCUUUAUGUAAUGAAUGGGGAAAAAAUACUCAUGAAGCAGCUAAUGCAUUCUAUAUGUAGAUAGUGUUACAUCUCCAUCAUGGCUUAGUCAUGACAUUUUUGUAUCAGUCUCAUAGAAGCGCUUUCUAGGCUUCAUUUUACUGCCACAGUUGUAAUUCUUUUCAAUUUUUUAAAGCAAAAUCUCUGCUCAAACUUAUCAGCUUCUUGUAGUUAAGCUUGUCGUAAUAUCUCAGCGGAUUUCAAAGGAUGAUAAAAUAUCCUUUUUUUCAAAAAGAAAAUGCAAAGUGAUAUAGAUUGACUUUCACUGGAAAAGGAUAAAAGGAUCCAAAAUUAGAUUUUUCAGUGUGGGACCUAAACUUUAAACUUUAAGCUGUUCUGAGCACAAAUGUUACAUGUUGUGUGCAUGUGUUGCAUAAAGCGUAUCAAGUUGUGUUGUAUUGUUAGGCAUACUUGACCCAGGGGUUCCUGGAUAUUCUCAGAGUAACAGAAGAAAAGAAAAGACACACAAAUUGAGUAAAAUCCCUUUAGGCACCUUCUAUGUGAGCAUAACCUUUAAAAUAAAUGCAUAUCAGCAACUUACAGCAGUCGUCAUCUGCCCACUAAAUAUUUCAAAAGUUAGAGAAAAGACAACAUUUUGUCCUGUGUCAUGUUCCGGCCUUUGUCCCACUAACCUGGAGGAUUAAUCUUUGAUGAGCAGAUCUGCUUACACACAUAGGCACGAUACAAAUUUAGUGAAACAACAGUUUCAAUAGUCGACCCCAGUGAUUACAAAAAAGCUGAUUUUUCUUUUGCUUUUUCAAGUAUUCUUAAUGAUUCGCACAUCUGUUGGGCACAGGUUUGCCAGUUUUGGCCUACAAAUGGAAAUUCGGAAAAUCUGUGUUGAAUGCUUUUGGCAGAACUGAGGAGACAUACAGACUGCAAGUUUUACCUGUUCACGCAUUUGCACGGUGGCAUUUAAGAGAGAGUAAAGCUCUUAAAUGAAAUGAAUGAUUGGUUAAGAACAUCAUGUUUCAUUUAUGUUGGAUGCACAUUUUUACAAGUAUGCACAUGAUGUCACCAUGAAUAUCAUGGGACUGUUUGAUCAUUUGGAUACAUUCUAAUUCACUUUCAUCGGAUGCCAUAUGAUAUUGAAAUUGAGGAUGGUGUAAAUGUCAUUGCCAUUUGAUUUUCUUUAUAUAUAAACUGUGUACAUAGUGACCCUCAGCAUUUUGUCACCUCAUUGUUUCCACAUUGCAUUAUAAUACGUGUCUCAGCCUUGCUUGAAUAGAAUAUUGGUUAAUGUGUAAUCGUAUGUUCAGACUGUUAAAGUUGAAGAAAUUAAAUCUUAAA